UCCUUUCUGCCAUUGAGUUUUCCAACUCUUCCAAGUUCCAGUUCCAACAGCUCAUAGCUCGUCAAUGGAGGAAGACGGAAUCGAGGAGAAGAGUAUUUUGGAACCUCCUCCCCCACAUCCCCCUCCUUUCCUUGAGGUUGUCUGCAGAAGUUCUGGAAGCAUAAGGCGAUUUGCUGCUGGCACAGACGCUGGCUUUGCCUUGUCUUUGAUUAAUCGGAAGCUUGGUUUAGGGGUUCCACUUGCUUCGUAUAUUGAGGCUGUUAAAGAAGGGGAUGAACCUGUCAGUUUUGGUCCUACUUCAGUUCUGGCGGACUAUGGCGAGGGUUGGAUAUUGCAAACGGUUGUGGAAGAAGGUCAAGGGAAAGGGAAGAAAGCGGACCAACCAUUACCAGAACAAGUUCCUACUGCAAUGAAAUCAGAUGGCUUACAUCCUGCGAGGAGAUCUGCUAAAGAGUCAAAACCAAAAAACAAUUUUCUGUAUAUUGGAAGGAUAUUGCUUGCUUUUGUUAUAAUAUUUGUACUUGGUGCAAUGUUCACCUUACUUCUAGAAAAUCUUCCCAGGUUAAUCAGGUUAAUCCUUUCUAUAACACAAACCAUGUAGACUUUCAGAUCUGACUUCAUGCCCUAAUCAUUCAGAGAACAAAGAAUAAUGGUUUCCAGUGGAUUCUCUCUCUCUCCUUUUUUCCCUCUUUCCUUGAAAUUGCUUUUCAUUGAUGAUUGUGGUCAAAGGAUCCAUCUGCAGUCAUGAGUUGGUUCUGAUUCUGAGUACUGUUUCUGUAAACAUAUUCAGAUAAAUAUAUAAGAUAUUCUGUUUUCAGGU